GUUUACACUAUAUACCAGGUUAUCUUUAUUGAGCCAACAUACUAUCAGAGAAACUGUUUAACAAAAAAGAUCUCAUACAUUAUUGGUAAAUGUCAGAAAUUAUUUUACUCUUAAGAUAGCUUCACACUCAUACUAUAUUGCCUAAUAAUUGUUUUAAUACCUAAACGGAAUUGCAUUAUUUAUCAUAUAUUCCUCAUCUUCCUAUUAUUAUUUGUCAUCAUCAUAGUUAUCAAAAGCAUAAUUGUAAUCAUGACCAUAAUAAUUCUUCACUUUGUACAUGUUUUAUUGUGAGCAAACGGGAGGCUGAUGAAGCCAGGCUGGCAUUGCUGGCGAGCUCUCAGAGCUAUUUAUAGGCCUGACUCCGUCCACAAUGUCGACUGUAACUCAAUUCUAUCUGUCAAGUCACAACGUCUCAAAUGUCAGCAGCCGGUGGCACAGCGGUUCUCUCGCUCACUUGGUCCCAGACAGCCUGAUGGAGUCCGUGGGAGAACCGAGAAACUUCCUGGAGGUUGUGGACGCGAACUGCUGGGACUGGGACGAGGAUGAGGGGGAGAGCCGAAUCAAGCCCAAGUCCUCGCCCCUCCCGAGGCGCCGGGUCUCGGAGUCCUCAGACGACUCGGAGCCCGAGCCCCUUCCCGUGAGACCCAGGAGGGUGUCCUUCGCGGACGCCUUCGGCCUCAGCCUGGUGUGUGUUAAGGAAUUUGAUAGCACCGAUGUCUCGCCUCCGCCGGGCAUGGACGCCCUGGAGGGAAACGGCAGGGACCCGGAGGAGUACUUCCUGUCCUCUCUCUUCGCCGUGCCGUCCUCGGCUGACGAGCUCACGCGGAAGCUGGAGGAGCAGAAGUGCGAGGUGGAGUGCGUCGAGCUGCUUCCUGGGACGACGACGCUGAGGGGAAUGAUCCGGGUCCUCAACCUGUGCUUUUCUAAGAUGGUGUACGUCCGCACCACUCUGGACGGCUGGUGCACCCACUUCGACCUGCUGGCUGAAUUCAUCCCGGGCUCAAGCGACGGGGAGACCGACCGGUUUCUGUUCAAGCUUAUUUUGGUGCCACCUUUCGAGAAGGAUGGGGCCAAAGUUGAAUUCUGCGUCCGGUAUGAAACAUCAGUUGGCACUUUCUGGGCAAACAACGGCGGGAUGAAUUAUAUUUUGUUCUGUCACCAAAGGGCAGUCAGAGAGGUGAAAGAGAAACAGCAUGAAGACAGCAAUCACAGGAAUAGGAAGAGCUGUCUAAAACCCAACAGUAAAAGCUAUUCAGUUGAUGACUGUCAAUUAGUGAUUCCCACGGAUGCUCCAGAUAUACCCAAACAAAAACAGGAAGUGGUUGUAAGAAAAACUUUGGAAAGCACUUUACCACAUUCAGAAGGGCUUCAUGAAGACGACCGUCAAAAAUCAUUGGUGGAUAGUAACUGUAACUACUCUUGGAGGAGCAGACGGAGAGCAGCUCGUUUGGCACGGAUACAAAAUCACUUCUACCAGAAAGAGACAGAGGCGCAGCAGGGAGACAUCUCUGCCCAAGGGAAGGAGACCAGACAUGUGGAAAUGCUGUCAGAAAUCAGCAUGCCUCCACGCUGGGAAACCACCUCCAGUCUUCCUGGCAUUCAUAACAGAAAUCAGAUAAACAGCACUGAGCAAACAGUUACUCACGACCAAAUUCCUCCAUCACCAUUAGAAUCAGACAGAGACAGUACAUUGCCAUUUCCUCUACAUACAAAUGAUACCUGGAAUGUAGUGACUUCUGACAUGCAGUAUAUAAACCAACAAGAAGAGGAUGCUGUACAUAGUCUUCCUGAGGAUGAGAUCCCCCCGGCAGGGGGCAGGGAAUCAUGGGAUACCUUCGUUGAGGAUACGCACACAACAGUCUCCACAACAGCGCAGGGGGAGGCAGUCCUUGGGAGCGCUCUCUUUGAUUCAGCCGCCUCUCCUGCAGACACCAUCAUCACACAUUCACAUUCAAUCAAUGGACCUGCCAUUGCAUGUGAAAAUGCUGAGAACCUGCUUGUUUGUGAGGGGGAUGCGAGUGUAUGGGGACGUAUUGAGACCAAUGGUACUGAUGAGACAGAGAGAGUUCGAGAAGAAAGCAGCCCCAGCCGAAGCACUACAGGGACACGUGUCACAUUACACAACAGCCGAGGAGAAAAUCCCUUCUGUCAGCAUACAAAUUACAGUAAGAUUGAGACCCCCGUGUACCAACAGGCAUUUCGCAGAAAGGGGACUGUAAGUCCGGACAUUGCCCACGGAAGUGAUGGAGGCGACUGUACAUCUGACAAAAUGAGCAAUCAGUGUCAGAUAGGCAGCAUCGCCCACCACAGCCAGUUGACAGAGACUGCUGACAUUCAGUCAUGGUUUCCUUGUGGUGCUUUUGUGGCUUCUGUGGACCAGCUUCAAAUAAGCUCGAAUAAGAUUCAAUCGUCAGCACCUAGUGAUCGGCCGAAGACAGAAGUAUGUGCAUCCAAACAGAAAGAACCUAUCUCGAAACAAGGCAAGGACACAGUUCACAGCUCCCAAAGCAUAAUUCUCCAGGAAGCCAGGGGUCCUGACGCAGAAGUGAUUUUUGAUGCGGAUGAUGCGGCUGAAUGUGUCAGGCAUCACGAGGACUCUUUCCCAGCCAAAGCUGCGGAGCUGAGACCGGGCUCAGGGGAGGCGGACACACAGACAGAGCCAGGAGGUAUGACAGCGAUGCCAGAACCUCUGAGUGACAGCCAUAAAGCUGCCAGCAACGUCCGUGAACUAGUCAGCAAUGUGUCCUUUGCGCAGACAUUCAGGGGGAGGGGGGGAAAUGCCAAAGAGGGAGAGGAAGAGGUGUUUGAGGAAAAUAAAGAUGAGGCAUCCAUGGAAAAUAUAGAAGAUAUCGCUGAAAAUAAAGAAGAGGUAUCAAAGGAAAAGAGAGAGGGCCUUCAUUAUGAAAUGAAAGAAGAUAUAUCAUUUGGAAAGAAAAUUCUCAAUGAAGAUGAAAAAGCAGUACCGAUGAAAAAUGAAGACCUUUUUGAUGAAGAGGUUGUAUUCAAGAAAAAUGAAGAUCUCAAUGAUGAAGAUACAUUCAUGGGAAAUGAAGAAGAUAUAUAUGAUGAAGAGAUAGCAGCUGAAAAUGAAUAUGAUGAAGAAGAGAUACCAACGGAAAAUGAAUAUCUAUAUGAUGAAGAGGUAUCAAUGGAAAAUAUAGAUCUUCAUGAUGUAGAAGCAAUAUCUAUGGAAAAUAAAGAUUUUGACACAGGUUUUUAUAAUGUACAAGAGGAGGAAUCCACAGUAAAUACAGACUUGGGUAAGGAGACAGAAGAGGUGUCUGUGGAAAAUGAAGAGGAUCUUGAUAAUGAAGUCGCAGAGAUUUUAGGAGGAAUGAGGACAGCUUUUGAUGCUGAGGAGGAGCUAUCAAUGAAGAAAGAAAAUGCUGGAAAAAUAAAUGAAGAAGUCAUAAUGAGAGGGGACAAUAAAUCACACAAAAAGGAAAAAGAAGAAAAUGUUUUCAGUGAAAAAGAGGUCUAUCCCAAUGAAGAAGAAGAAACAUUUUUCAGCAAAAAACAGGGAGAUGUCGGUGAAGGAGCAGAUGCGUUCAGGAAGGAGAAAAAAGAACCCAGUAGGAGAGGAGAGAGUUUGCGCAGGGAAUCUCUCACAACGCAAUGUCCAUCUGAGGAUGAUUUGAAACUGAGCACAGUUGGUGUCAGGUGUGUCCAAAAGCAACAACCGACCCAAACCACAGCUGGAGACAACAGCAAGACAUCUAGGAGUGCUAGAAAAACUGAGUCUAUGUCCCAGUAUGAUGAAGCCAAGGAGAAGAACAGCUUCCUAAGCAUGGAUCUGGGUCCCGUUGAAAAACCAGAAUGUCACACCACAGUUCGUCCUCCUGUUGAGAAGGUGGAAAAUGUUGCCAGAAACUAUCUGUUCUGGUGGAGGGACUUUUUCCCCUUAGGUCAUAUUUCGAGAGCCUUUUUGUAUGCCCUCCUGUGUGUGGUCUUUCUUGUUACAGUUUUUCACUAUGACUUCCUGCCUUGCUUUGCACUUUACCUGUUCUCUGUUUAUUGGUUGUACUUUCAUGGAGAGAAACAACGUUUGCAAGGAACUGAUAGAAUAGAAUAGAGUUGAAUGGCAUAGAAUAGAGCAGGUGCGGGAGUCAAAAGUUGAACAUUUUUCAGGAGUUUGUUUUGGAGUGUUUGAUGGACCCACCACCAAUGGUUUGGAUAUACUGAGCGAUAACCGAGUCUGAAAGAGCAAUUUUACUGAAAGUAUGGGGGUUGGGGUGUUAAAGUUUGAGACUGAAUAUUGCGAUAUUUCUUUUUUCCUAGUUGGUUCAUCAUUUAGCAGAAUUAUAAACCAUGUGUUCAGAACCCCCCUGUUUAGAAGCCAGUCAAGUCACAGACUAGCCUAAGGCCUAAUCAAUAAUGAUCAUUAAACAAGCAAAUAAAUAAAUGGCAGGAAAGCAUAUAAAUCAGUGUUGCACAGAUACCUGAUUUAAGUAAAAUUCAUCAUUGUUUGUUUUUGUCUCUAUUUUUGCCAGUCAUUCUGGGUGGUUUCUGAUAUUAUAUGUUUUAUGUAUCAACUUUUUUUUUU